UUUGCACAUAUUAUACUAUGUGCUGAGUAAAUAGGGAUUAGAUAUGGAGAAGGGAGAGAGAGAGAAGAGAAAAGAAAUGGGUCGGAGCUUGUCGAGAUCGCCGUCGUACAGCAGAAGGCGACGAAGCAGAAGGGACCGAAGCCGUUCCAGGUCCCCUUACUCUCUUUCUCACUCUAGGCGGAGAAGUCGUUCUAGUUCACCGCGUCGACGCAGAAGUCGCUCGCCUACUUACAGGUCCCGUAAAAGUCAGUCUCCAACUCCAAGGCGUCACAGAAGACAAAGAAGUAGAAGUACUUCGUUAUCCCCUUUAAGGAAGUCUCGUAGUCCUAGUCUGUCGACCGAGCGUAAAAGUGCGGCUGAGAAGUUGAAGAAAGAGGAGGAAGAAAAGAAGAGGCGUCAACAUGAGGCAGAAUUGAAACAAUUAGAAGAAGAGACUGCUAGAAGAUUAGAGGGAGCAAUUCGAAAAAAUGUCGAGGAGAGGAUGAGAUCGGAGGAAGUUAAGCUAGAAAUAGAGAGGCGCAUAGAAGAAGGACGAAAGAAAUUGUUUGACGAUGUUGCAGCUCAACUUGAGAAGGAAAAGGAAGCUGCUCUUAUUGAAGCAAGACAAAAAGAAGAACAAGCCCGAAAAGAGAGAGAAGAGCUUGAUAAGAUGCUAAAAGAAAAUCAGAGGAGGGUUGAGGAGUCCCAGAGAAGAGAGGCCCUAGAGCAACAGAGGAAAGAGGAGGAACGACACCGGGAGUUAGAGCUGAUUCAAAGGCAGAAAGAAGAGGCUGCUAGGAGAAAGAAACUUGAAGAGGAAGAAGAGCGAGCAAAAGAAAUGAAGCUAUUAAGUAAGAAUAAAUCUCGGCCGAGGUCUUUUGGUACUGGCUUGUAGUGAUAAUUUUGUCUUGCCAUUUUUUUCUUCCUCUUUAUUUGGUAUCUACUUGAGUAGAACAAUCCUGGAAAACAAUUUGUUAUAAUGUUUCUAGUUUCUGCAAGAUAUAUCAUGUUACUAGAAUGGCUACAAGACUGAAAAUUAGUAUGGUGUGGCCGCUGGCUGCUGUGACCCGGGAAUUCUGAGAGGAAUCUGCCAGAGCGGAAUUUCCCUCAUAUAGGAACUUUAGAGCUUGGGAGGGAAGAGUAGGAGAGGUUUUGGGAUUAGUUUAAGGAUUUUGAAACUCAUGGUUGUUUGGUCGGAGAGAAAGGGGAGAGAAAGGAGGACUGAAUAUAUAAAGGGAUUAGAUGAACGAAUCUAUACCAUUACCAAACAUUAUAAGACAAAAGGUUUUUCCUUUACUCUCUGUUUUUUACGAACUGGUUAUAUACUUUUCUCUCCCUUUUA